GACCCAGAGCUAACAACGGCGCUGUCUCUCUGACUUUAUAACCACAGCAGCUCUGUUACUGAACCCCAUAGUCCAGACUCUGUAGUGAACAGGCAUCUGAACUUUCUAGCUUUGACGAUGGAAGCAGCACCAUUUGCUUGUUCUUCUUGUCCUUCUUCUUCAGCUUCGUUUUUACCUUCAUUCCCUGUAACAGCUCGAUCUUUAUCUUCCUCUUCAUCUCUCUUAUUUCGUCGCAAUAAUUUCCGCAGAAAUUGUAAUUACUAUGCCGCCAAAUUCAAAUCUCCUAGAAACUUAUCGGUCAGAGCCUCUGGAGACUCUGUCGUGACUUUGCUUGAUUAUGGUGCUGGAAAUGUUCGUAGCGUGAGGAAUGCGAUUCGCUAUCUGGGCUUUGACAUCAAAGAUGUACAAACUCCAGAGGACAUUUUAAAGGCAGAUCGGCUUAUUUUUCCGGGUGUUGGAGCAUUUGCCGCGGCCAUGGAUGUUCUGAACAAAAGAGGCGGUGGUAAUGACUCAAAUGUGGGAAUUAUACUCCUUUUGGGUGUAUAUUCUGAAAAGUGCCUCAAACUUUCAAUUGAUCCUUUUUUGGUAAGUGACUACCACAGUAGCUUUACAGAAUUCUGCAACGAUACCAGUAUUUUUGGAACAAUUCCCUUGAAUAGAAAUAUAAGGUUGGAGCUAAGUUGUUUUCUUGGGCAAUACAUAGGGAUGGCUGAAGCACUAUGUACCUAUAUUGAGAAGGAUCGCCCAUUUUUGGGCAUUUGUCUUGGACUUCAGUUACUUUUUGAGUCCAGUGAGGAGAAUGGACCUGUAAAUGGCCUUGGCUUAAUACCGGGUGUCGUUGGGCGUUUUGACUCAUCCAAUGGUUACAGAGUACCCCAUAUUGGCUGGAAUGCUUUGCAGAUCAAAACAGACUCUGAAAUCUUGGAUGAUAUUGGAAACCACCAUGUCUACUUUGUUCAUUCUUACCGUGCCAUGCCAUCAGAUGUUAACAAAGAGUGGGUAUCAUCUACCUGCAACUAUGGCGUCGAUUUUAUAGCAUCUGUUAGAAGAGGAAAUGUGCAUGCAGUUCAGUUCCACCCGGAAAAGAGUGGAGAUGUUGGUCUUUCGAUAUUGAGAAGAUUCUUGUAUCCUAAGUCAACCAUAAUGACGAAGCCUACUGAAGGGAAAGCUUCAAAACUUGCAAAAAGGGUAAUUGCCUGCCUUGAUGUGAGGACAAAUGAUGAAGGAGAUCUUGUUGUAACCAAAGGGGACCAAUAUGACGUGAGAGAGCAUACAAAAGAGAAUGAGGUGAGAAACCUUGGCAAACCAGUUGAGCUUGCUGGACAGUAUUACAAAGAUGGGGCUGAUGAGGUUACUUUUUUGAACAUUACCGGUUUCAGAGACUUCCCUCUAGGCGAUUUGCCAAUGCUGCAGGUAUUGAGAUACACUUCAGAAAAUGUUUUUGUACCGUUGACUGUUGGUGGUGGCAUUAGAGAUUUCACAGAUGCAAAUGGCAGGCACUAUACUAGUUUGGAAGUUGCUUCAGAAUAUUUCAGAUCUGGGGCUGAUAAAAUUUCCAUUGGAAGUGAUGCCGUAUAUGCCGCAGAAGAAUAUCUAAGAACUGGAGUAAAGACUGGAAAGAGUAGCUUAGAGCAGAUAUCUAGGGUUUAUGGAAAUCAGGCAGUAGUUGUAAGUAUUGAUCCUCGUAGGGUGUACCUCAAGAAUCCCAAUGAUGUGGAGUUCAAGGCUGUAAGGUUGACAAAGUCAGGUCCAAAUGGAGAAGAGUAUGCCUGGUAUCAGUGUACGGUGAAUGGUGGGCGAGAAGGUCGACCGAUUGGAGCUUAUGAACUUGCCAAAGCAGUUGAAGAGCUGGGAGCUGGAGAAAUACUACUAAACUGCAUUGAUUGUGAUGGUCAAGGGAAAGGUUUUGAUAUAGAUCUAAUAAAGUUGAUCUCAGACGCUGUGAACAUCCCUGUGAUUGCAAGUAGUGGCGCUGGUGCAACUGAUCACUUCUCAGAGGUGUUCAUGAAAACAAGUGCAUCUGCUGCCCUUGCUGCAGGCAUCUUCCAUAGGAAGGAGGUGCCUCUUCAGUCUGUUAAAGAGCAUUUGUCGAAGGAAGGCAUAGAGGUCAGAAUCUAAUCCAAUCUUUGAGAAGAGUUGAGUAGUCUGUAGGGGACUUUGAGGCUAUAAUUGGAAAUGUGUUGUAUUCCUCCUUGAUUAUUAAGCUAUCGCGGACCAAUCAAUGCAGUAGUUUGAAGAUUUUUGCUUCUGUAAUCUUCAGUAUGAUUUAAAAAUGUUAGUUGCAGAUUUCAAAAGAUAAAAAUAAAAAAUAUUAGUUGCC